UUCUAGCUUCAAUCGGCUUCGCCAACGAUGCAAACCGCUUGGUCUUGUACCCUGUCGAGAACAUGAUUGCGAAGGUCGAAACUAUCCGCAACAAUCCAUUGCAAGCAAUGAAAGUUGCUGAUGAGGAGUUCAAGGUUGAAGAGAUCAACCGGGCUAAAGCUGCAAAGCAGGAAAAGUCACGUCUUCAGGUCGUGAUGGAAUGGACUGGAUGUUCAUCAAAGAAAGACAACACAGAAAUCAUGGAGACAGUGAUUCUGGAGAAGACCAUUAUUAAACUUGGGUCUCUGUUAGCCCUUGGCUUCGGGGAGGCUGGUGCGAACAUCAUUGAGCACAACAUGCAUGGCGUCGACAGCGCUUGCGUUGAUGCCAUGGUGGAAGGCACCCGUGUGGAGUGCAUCAUUGGUGCGACGCGCAUUCGAGACUUCAGCACAGCUACUGAGGUGCUCCAGGCAAAGGUCAUGACCUUCGUGAAUCAGAUCGCAGAGAUCGUCCACGGAGUGGUAGAUGAGUUUCACGGAGCAGCCAACAAGAACAACGGUGACACUUUCUUGGUGAUUUGGCGAAUGGGUGACAUCGACAAGGUAUCAAAGCUUGCUGACAUGUCCAUCCUGGCGUUCACAAGGAUAUUGGGAGCCAUUCACCGAACACCGGUGCUGGCAGCAUACAGAGGUCAUCCGGGCCUACAACAACGGCUUGGAAAGGACUGCAGGGUCAACCUCAGCAGCGGCCUCCAUUAUGGCUGGGCCAUUGAAGGGGCAGUUGGCAGCGAGUUCAAGAUCGAUGCGUCCUACCUAUCGCCAAAUGUCAGCAUCGCUGAGACUGUGGAGCGUGCCACACAAAUCUAUGGUGUCAGUGUGCUGGUUGCAGAAUCUGUGGUGUCAAUUUGCUCCACUCCAAUGGCGACGAAAUGCCGAUUGAUUGAUCGAGUCAUCAUCACUGGGUCCGUUGUCCCCAUGGAUUUGUACGUCAUAGACCUUGACUACUUGGGCCUUACAGUUGAGCAGCCUCUUGGUCCUCAGCGCUGGACAACCCGAGAUAGAUUCAAGGUACGACAAUUCUUGGAAAAUGAGAAGGAGCAGAAGUGGGCCGACGGGGUCAAGAUGGUAAAUCUGUUCAACGAGAACGCAGACAUAGCCUCGAUGCGCUUCCGCUACACCCUUGAGUUUAUUCAUGUGUUCAACAUGGGCUACCAGAACUACUCCCAGGGUGAAUGGCAGGUUGCACAAAGACUGCUUCAGCGCACAAGGGAUAUGCUCGGUGUAGAGGACGGACCCAGUGUUGCUUUGCUGAAGUUCAUGGAGAGAACCAACUACGAGGCAUGGAGGGCUGGGUUGGCUGCAGACUUGCCGGGAGGCUCCAGACACUUGGCAAGGCAUCAGAGAUCUGGGUCUUUGCCCCAGCUGUCGGCUUUUGAUUGGCAGUGGACUUCUCUUACCAUCGGUUCCUGCUGGGUGCUGACCAUGUUGACAGGCAAAGAUGCCUUCCAGGAGUCGGACUGCUGGGUGCAGUCCCUGUACAGCAAAAAGUAUUUCGAUGGCUCGGCACGCGAAAGCCCGAAUGCGGAAAUCUCUGAACCCAGGUCUGAGAAGCACAAAGAGACUGGGUUUAGCCUGGCAAAAGAAUUUCGCCGCCUCUGUGUGGCUCACAGUGGUGCCUCUAGGUCAAUGAUUUUUUUGGGUGGUCUGCCUGGAUUGGGCGUUUUUAUCUUAUUCCUGACUGCCUUGUGCCGGGCCGAACUGUGCUUGCCCAAUGGCAUACCGGAAGGACAGCGUUUGUAUGUUUUGAAUGCCAGCAACGAGCAAAGUCCAAUUCGGCUGACCAUAUUCGCCUGGAGGUCCUCCAUUGUGACCAGUCAGAUUGCGCAGAUCCUGAUUUCUGAAGUGUUAGGAUAUCAUGCCCUCGUGACUCCAGAAACCAUUUUCGACACUACUGCUGGAAUCUCACGUUUGGCAGGGUGCGAGAGCUCUGAUUGCCAGGUGAAAACCUCAAGAACUGAUGUUGUGUUGGACACCUGGUUGAGUCCGGUCUUUCCUUUUUGGCAGGGUUUCCUAGCUCAAAAUCCUCAAGUAGCCGAAGAUUUAGGCUCUAUGGGCUAUCAGGGUGGUGAUGGCCUUUACAUCAAAGGAUCGGUGCUUGAAAGUGCAGCGAAUGCUGGGUUGGCGUUGGAAUACUACAAGAGUUACAACAUGUCCUUCCACCAGCCCUACAAAUACUUUGACACUUUGUGGGAUCUGCCGGAGGCAGACCUUGAGCCUUGCAACGGAUCCUUUCUCGGCUGGCCCUUGGAACCCACAGACUCUGAAAAGAUGAAGAAUUAUCUCGACUGGACAGGCGAUGUCGAUGGCGUAGUGGAGCGGAAUGGCCAAUAUUCAGCAAAUUGUCAACUACCUGCUUUCUGGAUCGCACCUGCUUGCCGACAUAACUACACUCAAUGCAUCCCUGUAAUGCAAAAUGGACCUGGAUACAUGGUCGUAUUGAUGCAGUGGUCAGUAGCCUAUGGAAUUCCGAUGGCGCUGACACACGGGACCACUGGGACCAACGUUAUGAAGGCGAUUCGAAACCAGCGGAUACUAUAUUACUGGUUUGAACCAGACGAGACAUUGCUUGACCUUAGGCAUGCCAGGCUCAUAUUGCCACCACACAGCGCAGCUGGAUGGUUGAAGGGAGAUUUCCGAACAGGCGGAGAGGAAGUGUACAUCGCGAAGCUUGCCAACGUCGGUCUCCAAAUCUCAGCGCCAAGAGUGAGGACGUUUGUGCAGAAGAUGAAACUCGAGGUAGGAUAUGGACUGGUUGACGUUCAAGGCUUGCCAGUCGCAUCUUUGGCCGAAGCGGUCGACUGUCAAGUUUGUGCCGCAGGACGUUUCUCAGAGGUUUUCACACAGGUUGUUCCAGCUGUGGAGCUGAAGAGCUUUGGACGACAAGUAAGGCUGUGCAAGCUGGGGGUCAAGAGAAAUGGAUUGAAUUUGAAGGAGCGACAUCAGCAGGCUCUUGUCAUUGUGUUGAAGGACGGCAUUUGUCAGCCGGUCAAUGCGAAAUCUGCAUCGAGGGCGCCUCUUGUCCAGGCUCAGGAGUCCUGUGAUCCUGGGGCAGUUCUGCGGUGCUUUGGCAACAGUUUGAGGUGCCCGGGUGGAGCACCAGAAACCUGCGCCGAGGGCAGGGACCCUUCCAGCCCUGCUUGCAGCUCUUGCCUUCCAGGUCUACAGCCAAUUGGAGAACAGUGCAUGCCUUGCAAAGGCGGGGAUUACAUUAAGCUUGUGGCUCUGACUCUUUUGGUCCUAGUCGGGACUGGGAUUUUGCACAUCGUGCUAGCGCUGACGGAUCGAACCAGCGGAUCCUAUCGUAGUGCGCUAUUGGGUGCGGCCUUGUGUGCAAAUCAAUUGAUCACAUGCGCUCAGCUUUUCGUCGUGAUGGAACAAAUACAAGACAUAACUUGGUCUGAGCCCUUUUUGAGCUUCUUGGAGUUCUUCCGAGUUCUGUCACUUGAACGUUUGCUUGAUUCCGUGAAGACCUUGAGCUGUGUCGCUCGCAUCAGCCCCGAAAUGAACUUCUUGAUUCGAAAUCUGAUGGUGCCUGCAUCCUUCACCAUUGGGCCUGUGGUUGCACAGUUCACGAUGAGCAGAACCAGCUUUGCGAAGACCAGCAGUUGGAGCUGCCUUUUGAAAACGUGCCUUGACCAGCAGAAAACUAUAGGACAAUGCAAUUAG